AUGUCAUCCAUAGCUGCUGAGAAUCACGCUACGCAGAAGCCCACCAGAAGUUUGCAUUGCGAGCAAUCAAGUUCAACAGAACCAACGAGCAACGGUGAGAUUUGCCGAAACUGCUCAGAGAGUUCUGCAUUAAGUGGAACAGUCACCGACGGAAAGCUCAAGCAGCGUAUCGGUAGACGGAAAGAGGAGGGCGGAGAGGUAAAAUGGAUCAGCCAGCUGCAAUGGGAGGAUGAACAAAGCCAAUUGAAGGCUACAAAUGGUUUCGGCAACUAUGCAUUUUGUUUGGACGACUCAAAUGACAAGAAUAAAAUUGUGAUUUCCUCUCCAGCUCUUGUUGGGGUUGUGAGGCGAGUCAUUCCAGCUCGUCUAUUCGAGAAUGUGUCCGACGGCGUCACAAUAACGGAGCCGUUUUUACGAAUUUUGCAUUUCAUUGAUGACAUGCGCAACGACAUGGACCUAAGUACUGCUGAUCCUCAAGAAUCGGUGGAUAUUGAUGCUCUAGAGACAUUUCUGUUCGAGUGCCAACCACAACAUAAAGUCGCCCGGGGCAUUCUGAGCAUUACACAACCGGCAAUGGUGAAUUUCGAGAUGAUCUGGGCACUUUUCAAAGAGAGCGACCUAAUAAUGGUCACAGACAAGUUCAAAGAAAAUAGAAUAUUCAAAUUCACACAUUUGGAGGAGAACGUUGACCGAAUGAAUGGACGACCUGAUGUUUGUGUGAAGCUAGCAAUUUGUGGAUGGUGCAUCGCUUGGGACAUCGAACAAAAGUCCUUCUCUCAACAGAGCUACAAGUUCUACAUUGAACGUUUUCUAGGAUAUCGCAACGUGCGAACAUUGCCGAUAUAUCCUCUGCGCUGCGAGGAAGAAAAACGAGGAGACUCAUUGAAGGCGGAACUGGAGAAGCGAGGGCGGAAGUGGGCACAUUUCGCUUCCCAAGCUCCUUGCUGCUUUGAAUACAGUGGAACUGCUAUCCAUACAAACGACUAUGGGACGAGAAUCUCAGAGAGCGUCACGCAGCUGAGUGGCCGGAUCAUAAUCGACCACGUUAAGGAAGUCUCCUUGCGAGGUACAUUCGACACAGAGGUAGAUCAUAACCGCAGGGCGAUUCUCGAAGAAAAGCUUGAUGAUACACCGACUGGCACUUCCAAGAUGCUAACCAAAGCUGAACAUUACUUGCUGUGUACUCCAACGCUCACAUGUUUCCAUAUCGAUAGCUGGAAACGAUAUCACAUCAAUAUCAAUAAACUAAAACCUGUUGUGUGGGUGAACAAUGCAAUUGAAAAGAUAAUUAUCGAAGAAACUAAGAAGAAAAGGCUGAAACGCUUGGUGAAAAACUACAUAAGUGAGGGAAUGCGAGGUGGAGACAUCAUCACGAAUAAGGGGCGAGGUUUAACCAUCGUACUAUAUGGUCCCUCAGGAGUUGGAAAGACGCUUACUGCCGAAUGUCUCGCAGAGUAUGUGAAGAUGCCAUUGCUUCCCUUAAGCGUGGGUAGCUUGGUCUCCGACGAUGAUCUGAUUGAGGAAAACCUGCGCGAGGCAUUUAACAACGCUAGCCGAUUGAAAGCAAUACUUCUGCUCGAUGAGGCUGAUGUGGUGCUGGAAGCUCGUUCCUUUGAGGAUGUUCGUAGGAACGGGAUAGUAUCAAUUUUCCUGCGACAACUUGAGUACUACGACGGCAUCCUGUUCUUGACCACGAACAGAAUUACCACGAUGGAUGUCGCAUUCCAGUCUAGGAUCCAGUUGGCCAUUUCGUACGAAGAGCUAAGUGCAGACACACGCGAGAAAAUCUGGAGGAGCCUCCUGAAUACAGCAAUUGUAGACGUAACGGAAUCUGAGAAAUCCGCCAUCGAGAGAGCCAUUCCUGGGCUUUCGCAGGAAAAGCUGAACGGCCGGCAGAUCCGCAACACGCUGACGCAAGCGAACUUGUUGGCCCUAGAUGACUUCAGCAGUGAAUGCAAAGUCCAACUCAAGCAUAUCAAAGAAGCAAUGUACGACACGCUACAGUUCCAAGCCUUUUUCGAGGGGGCAGGGAGAAACCAAGUCAACAAGCCUCGAGUCUGGAUACCGUUCACACCAUCACAAAGCGGUGUCUAG